UAUGCUAUGCUAUGCUAUGCUAUGCUAUGCUAUGCUAUGCUAUGCUAUGCUAUGCUAUGCUUCGAUGAAAUUUAGUAAAACAUGAUGUGAAAAGUUGUAAAACAUGUUGAUAUGAUGUGCUUUGGUUUCUAUGAUAUUAUACGAUAUUGCUUGGCAUGAUGUAUAAAUUGAUUAUUUUUCUGUUCCGUAGUAUUUAAAAAGAGAAUGGCUAACGUAGAGUCAUCCAUCAGUUGAUACUGUGUGUUACUGCUAAAAGAAUAUAGUUGUAAUUGAGAAUAUGCUGGAAGCGAUAUGAUCUGCAGAUAAAUUCGAAACAUAUCACUAUCAACUCUGUUAUCACAUUGCUAGAUCCAUAUUACUGAUAAGCUCCACUCUAAUAGCCAAUCACUCAGCAAGAAUUCGCUUCUUUAGCUUUAAGCCACAUAGAAAGCUGCAAGAAACAAUAAAUUAUUGGGAAGACUUGAUUAGAAAACAGUAUCCUGUCAUUUGGAGCCAACAAUCGGUUUAAAAGCCAGUAAAUCAAUACUUCCCUGUUUUUUCCUUUUUUAGCUAAAUUGCCAAAGGUCAUUUGUGAACUUCAUUUUCAAAUGUGUGUUUUGCACGUUGCUAGUUGUUUGGCAAGCAUUAAUAAACUUCUUUAGUUUAACAAAUCCUUCUAGUGCCACUUAAAUUUCUUCUUAGGAAGAUUACACGGGAUGGUGGCUAGCUAUCUAUAUCAGUUGAUAUUGUUUGCUAGAUAAGGGCCUUAACCCUUAUUUCUUGGAUUAAAAGUAAUCCGAUUGUUCACUAAACAACUACCUUAGGCUUGAAAACAAUUUAUCAUUUGUUAGAGCAGACAUGGGAAAAACAGUCUUAUUUGCCUGCAGUCGUCUGAUAGAGUUAUUAACUAUUGAAUUUUCAAGAUUUCCUUGUUGUUCCCAUAAGUUCUUGAUUUAUUAAAGUUGUUUUUCUUGUAAAUGAUUCUUUAGACGUCCACAUUUCGAACCAUUUUCCACUAAGCUGUAACUUGCUUCUAGCAACCGCAAAUAAAACUAUUCCUUCAAUAAUUAAGGUCUUUAUCAGAUAAUGGGUACUUUCUUUAGUGAUAACAGCUGUUGUGGGAAUGGAUAAUGAGAGAUACAAAAACAUAGGCCCUAAAAUAGGUUUAUUUGUUUUGAAACACAGUUUUGGAAGAAACUUCAGACGCUAAAAAUGAGCUGCUUUGGUGUAUAAACAUAAUGAGUAUGUCUAAAUGCGGCAUUCUUUUCCUGGCUUUAAAGUUUGUCUACAUAAAAUAUUGCAAAGGCUUUCUUCAUGCUUCGAAAUAGGAAGCUCUGAAAGGCGUAUACCUUGAAUAGAAUGUAGCAUUAAUUUGCAUGAGACAUUUAGAUUUGGCGCUGUUUGUCACGAGACUGUCACGAGGCUAAAUGACAGUUAAUAGACAACCCUGCAUGUAGCUGAGUAGAGGGUUAAUUGAUUUCAAGGCAGGAGAAAUCAAAUGUUUAGCAGCCUUAAUAUCUAUAUCUAUUUCUUAAUCACCAUCAACGUGAAAAAGCUGAUUUGAGGAAACAUGCUCAGUUACAGAAAUUGAGGAUUUCCUGUAAAACGUUGUUCAUUGACUGGGUUCUCUUACACAAAGGAGGAAGUAGACGGUUGACCAUGACAUUAAGAAUGUCUCAUUUUGUAUAUUGUUGUGACAUGAAGUUGUACCAGUUGGCACUGAUCGUAAACUCGGCGCCAACAGCAGAUGGCAAGAAAAUCUAACAAAUUAUGUCACUCUUAAAGCAAUUUAUGUCAUCUGAAAUCUUUAUAAGGACACUGCUGUUUUGUGGUCGUUUUUGAUCCGUUCUUUCACAGUGAUUCUCAUAUUUAACAGAAAUUCGUGACUGCAUCCACCUAAAAGAUUCUUGAAUGUCGAUUCCUUAUUGUUGUUUGCCAUUCAUUUUCUGAGAUACUUGUCGUCUUCUUUUGCCAAUGAAAGUUCUCUCGUACUUGAUUGCAAAUCACAUAUUCUUCGUCUUCAUAUAUUAGUAGGCUGCUUAAGAGUCUAAUAUAGUGAAACUGUUCAGUUUUUACUCUUAUACUUUUCACAAUAUUAUAUCUCAGCUAUAUUUAACAAGCCAUUGAAAGAAGUUUUUAAUACCUUGAUUGGGUCCUUGAUAUACACUUCUAACUUAAAAAUAACUGGAGUCAUAUAACUAUUUGAAAGUUGCAUCAAGCUACUUUUUCAUAUAACUACAAGUCCCUAUUGUUGUAAUCCACUGUAUUCACGCUUUCUUUAAGCAUUGUACUGUAUUCAGAGAGGUAUUUAUGUGCACUCUUUCUUCUGUUUAGUAUUGCAUUAGCGCUGCCAUCACCGCGUCCUUAAACAUGUCAAUUAUUCUUAUUAACGUAGAGAAAGAAGCAUGUUUCUAUUUCAUAUACAAGCAUGCAUAAUAUGAAAAGAUUUCCUCUUUGAUCAUUGUUUGCCCAGUGUCAAUAUGCUCAUUGAAACAGAAAAAAGGAACACACACCACACGUUCGGGAAGAAUCAUUCUGUUUUUAGAUCAGCUUCAGAAAACACUAAAAACCUUCGUGUGCCACCUGAUAAAAACUUCUGGUUUAGCUGUGAAAUCACCGUAUCUAAGAAAUGAAAUGUGGGUCUUUGCUCUUCCAUAUCAUGAAGUAGAUCAGCAAUUUGGCUAUAUGCUGAUAGAUCCCCGCCCUGCAUUACCAAGGUCAUAAAUAUGAUGUUCAGUAUGGUUUUUCCUGAACAGUUAAACAAAAGGGAGAAAAAUUUAUAGACGUUGAUAACAAAUGAUCUUGGGUUAAGUUGACGCCAGAUUUAGGUUUUUCAAAAGGGUGAUCGCGUUACCCGAGGCUGGUUUCACCACCAAUAAGUAUAUGGGCUAAUGGCAAUUCUCAUUUCUGGUACUUGGGUCAAACUAUGCUUUCAUUAGAAUCAGCAUAAUACCAUUAGUACUGUUAAAAUGACUAAAAGUGGAGCAUAGUUUAGGGGCCAGAUUGCUCUUUGCAAAUUAGACUUUUUAUGUCUAAUCGAUCCUUCAUAGAAUUUCUUCACCCAGCCAGUUCUAUCCAAUUAAAUUCUAGCCACUGCUAGGUUGGCCUUGUGUAGUCGUGAAAAGAAGAACUCAUGGAAAAUCAAUCUGUUUUCUGCCGAGGCCCCAAAGAGCGUUUUUCAUUCUAGUCCAAUCAAAUUGCAAUCAGAUUUCAAGCAAAACGUAUAAGCUGAUUCAUAUGCAAAUUGUCCCUACGUGAGAACGCAAUGUAUGCACGGUGGCCUAAUUUGCUACACAAGCCUUCAAUAUAAAUUACUGUUUGAUUGUUAUUGGCGCACAAGUCAAGAGCUCCUCGUAUUGGCUUUGAAAUGUAAUUAAGAGGUACUAGGGCUGUUAUACAUAUUUACUUCCUUCCACAUUUAACUUCUAUCCACAUGAGAGUUCUCAGCGUUAUUAAAAAAUUAGCCCUUAAACCUUUUCUUAUAAAAACGAACUUUUUUAUAUAUAGUUGAUACAUUGUAUUUGAGUAUAUGGAGAGCUAAAGAUCUGAACACUUAGAUCAGUGAUCCAGUUUUUUGAUCUAGCCAAAGGUGAAUGCAAGAGACUACCUAUAAAAUGGGUCUUUGUAGCUAUGGCAACCAUUGUCCUUGGCAUUAGUGAUUGGCUGGUUCGCAAAAAGCAGCCGAUGUUGAUUAGGUAUGUUAGAUAUGAUUAAGGAUCAGAAAUACCGUUAACGAUGCAUAUCAAACACGUGAUCCAAGAAGCUGAUAACCAGGUCACGAGUUUUGUUGGAUGCAUUGCAGUGACAUUCGAGGUCUUGUAUGGAGCAUUACGUCGCAAUCUAAAAAGUGCACAAAGAUGUGGAAGCCUGUGACAAGCUUGCAUCGUUUUCUUACUAGUGAAUAAUCUUUCAAUAUCUGUAGAUGAGCUAACUCCAACAAUUUUCGCUGUGCUUCAGGCCGUUCACAAGACCAAAGACCGAGACAAAGGUUCCCUUGAAUGCAAGGCCUGUGAGAAGGACCUUGAUUCAUUGCUAAUGCAAGCUUUGGCGCCGAUCACAACACCAAAAGAGAUGCAGACCGCGAGCUUGCCCAGGAAUUUUUCUGUUACAAAAGCCACAACUACUCAAACCUAUUCGUUUGAAUGGCCAAGACUUGGUGAAUCUGCCAAAUCAUAUUCAAAAGCGAUAGAUGCUGAAAAUUUAGUUGCUUUCAAUUCGCAGCUAUCUGAGAGCGAAAUCAAAACAAGCUGCGAUGCGAUAGAAGAAUCUCCUUCCGACGCAACCUCGUCUUCAUCCGCCGCAUCCUUUUUUAUGAGGGCUGCACAGAGGCUGAGUUUGUCAUCGAAACGACGACAACGAAAAUCAAGACGCAAAGGCAGAGACUCCGAUGCAUGCUCAACCUCAACUCAGGAGCAAUGCUGCUUCGCAACGAAUUUCUCUGACCUGAUCAUGCGAUGCCCACCCCAAGCCCCGCCGUCACUUUUCAAGCAAACGGUGAAGAAAUGUGGUGAAACAAAUGGAAAGAUCAAGGUUAUUUUGAAUGUAUCUGAAUUUGACGAAACCAGCAGUACUUCGUGCAUAAAAUUCGACCCAAAAAAGAAGCAGGCAUCCCUCAUAGAUAGGCGGACUGAAUCAUAUGGAAUGUCACCUCGUCUUGGAAGAGAGGCAAAGCUUUAUCCAUUUGAUGCCAUGUUUGAUUCGAAUUCAUCAAAGCCAGAGAUCUGUUGCUCUUCCCUGGUAGACCUUCUGCAUACAGUUGUUAACCAUGGAGACGAUGCAGCUGUUCUUGCUUAUGGCCACCCUAACCUGGGAAAAUCAACUACGAUGAUUGGGUCAGAUGAGAACGCCGAAAGCAUGGGAGUUAUACCAUGUGCAAUUUCUUGGCUGUAUCAGCUUAUCGAAGACAAGAAGGAAAGGACUGGUGCGAGAUUCUCGGUGAGGGUAUCCGCCGUUGAGAUUGUUGGCAAAUCAGAGAACCUCAAAGAUCUUCUUCUCGAGCAAGAUACUGGCAGUAUGAAUAAUUGUAGUACGUCACCAAGUUUGUACCUCCAAAGAGAACGAACAGGACCAGUUCAGUUUGCAGAUUUCACUGAACUGAGAGCGCCUUCUGCAGAGAAAGCCUCCUUCUACUUCGACGCGGCAAUCACUGCGAGAACCAAACCGGCCCAUGAACAAACUGAUCCGGACCCAGCGGAGGAUCCAAGUGAAAGACAGAAUUCCAAUAUGAUAUUUACAUUCCAUGUCUAUCAAUACAUGAUUGACAAGGUUGGAACCGGAGAAGUUCACGGUGGCCGAUCUCGGUUCCAUUUGAUUGACCUGUCCGGUUGCAAACGAAAUAAGAAACACCGGGAGCCGGGUGAUUCUUGGUUAUCAUUAUCAAGCCUCGGUAACGUGCUCGUUGCUCUUGCUAACGGAGCUAAGCAUGUUCCUCAUCGUGACAACAAACUUACCGUCCUACUUAAAGAGGCAAUCGGUGCGUUGUCAACUCGUAUUGCACUCCUUACCUUUGUAUCCGGCGACCCAAAGAAGUAUCCGGCGACCUUAUCAACAAUGGAAGUCACCACUCGGAUUCAUCGGUCAAGAAGAAAGAAGAGCCGGUAUUCAAGUGGCUCGUCUGGAGGAGACAGCUCGUGUGACGAAUCUCGUCGAUUGCGAAGGCGGACCAAACCUGUGCAGCCGCUACUCGUUACGCAGGCUUGUGAAUCGGAAUCGAUUGGAGACUCGGAAUUCACUACGAGCGCUGCGGAGGAAUCUUGCGAUACCGUAAUUUACGUUGGACCAAAGGGAGAGGUCCUCAGUGAUAGAGAACUGACAGACUUCGAAGGACCACCAGAUUUUGACGAUGCGCCCACAUUUCAUGAAAGUGAAAAUUUCGACGUAGCGAGUUUUGUUGAACCAACGAGGACGUUAGAUUUGAGCUGUGAAGCCAUUUCAACAAUAGAAAGGCCAAAAUUUACUCCUGAAAUUGUUGAGAGGCAUUGUUCUUGCAAUCUCGAAAAAUCCACUUCUAGUAACACUUGUAUUCACGGUACGAGCAUGAAGAAUGUAGACACUAAUUUUCUCUCAAAUAACUCUCUACUUUCGUCAUUCAGUGAAGAACGGGGCAGGUUAUCUUCGAGGAAAUCAUCGCAAUCGACCGUAAAAGAUGUUUUAGGCUCGUACACUAUAUCGGACAAUGCUAGGGAGGCUCUGUUACACCCAUCAACGCCUUAUUAUUGUUUAGUUCCAGGAUCCCAUAAAUCGAACUUAAAUGUUUCUAUAGAAGCGGCCAGUAGCGAGAGAAAUCUUCACUCUACUGAUAAUGGGCGAUCUUUUUCAAAGAAGCUCUCGUCGUCGCAAGAGCGAAUUCGUCAAACUAGCGAACGAGGUAGAUCACGUACUCGAAAUUUACCAACGAGCAUCCCCGUCAGUAGGACUACGAGUCUAGAUAGAUACUUCAGUAGAAACGAAGAUGGUCCUUGCAAAAGUGCGAUUGAUGUUUCGGCAUUUAGCCCGCGAAUCCGCUCGGAAGAGUCUAUCGCCAGCAGUCAACAAACAGUUGACAAUUUCGAAAGAGACUUAGUGUCGAAAAUCGUUGAAAGAUUCGACGUCGAAAACGAAAUAUCUGAAGUGGAACCAGAACUUAUUUCCAAAUAUCUUGAAAAUGAACGUCUAGCAACUGCUGAGGAGGAGCGCAGAUCUAAAAAGCUUGAAGAAGCAUUAAAAAGAUUAAGUGUUGACGAUAGUAUUAUCGUCACAGUGACGUCACAAGAGCGACUGGACCCAUUGUAUAUUGAUAGUUUGAACGUACGAGAACUUUUACGUAAGCAACGAGAAGCAUCGAUUGCGGAGUUUCAGAAGACGAGUUCUUCGAUAACUGAAGAAAAAUCAACACAGGAAGUAGAUGAACAGUUCGACUUGCUCCUAAGCAAAACAUGGGAGCCUCUAAACGAUCUAACGAAAAGCACAAGUUCGCAAAAAGACAAAGAGGAAGGACAAGCGCAAGGAGGUACAAGGCUAGAUAGUGGAAGUAGCUGUGGCAGCUUAUUAACGAUUCCGAAAACAGCUGGAUUGGCUUCCGAAGGUGUGAGCAGCGGUUACGAGAGCAUGCGCUGUGAAAGCAGUAACAACCUUAACGCCGUGUCUGAUAUGGACUCAGAGCGUGGCAAAGCAAAGUCGACAAAAAAAGACAAAAAAGCGAAAGAUAAAAAGAACAAAGACACUCCAUCUAUUCCGGAAAGUGGCAUUUUUAACAUCGAGGACCAAUUUGAUCGAUCACGAUUUGGGAAAAGUAAAGUACAUAAAAAGGAAGUUAAAAAGCUAAUAGGAGAACGAAAAGGCAUGAAAGAGAGCCUACAGCAAGUUCUUCAGAAACUAGUCCUAUUGAAAGAUCCAUCUCCUGAUGUUGAUGAGCGUCUUAGAGACAUUUCACUGGAUGAUCCGCAAGCAGUAAGGACAUUGACACGAGAGAAUCGAAUUCUUCAGCGAAAAGUGGACGUUUGUAAGUCGCAUUUGCAGCUUGUGACGUGUUUUGACGCGAAUCCACACAGUGUAGUUACAACUGCGUUUCUUUAUAAGACAACAGCGGUUUGAAUUGCGAAAAUACUGGUAGAUAUAAAUAUAUAUGUAGUUUUAUUUUUAACCUUAUUUAGAAUCGGGUAGUCAAUUUUAGUAAUAUUCUCAAUGAAUCGCUGCAUUGGUAUAGCGACUUCGUAUUAUUAAAACUAUAAGAGUGAUUCAUUCGAAAUAUUUAGUUACGAAACUUUCAAGGCCCCUGUUUCUUUUAACGCAAGGUAAAUUCCCUCGACGUUUUUCAGCGUCAAGCAUUAAUAUUUUAUGUUUCAAUGCUGAUUACGUACCAAAGAACCCUCCCCCGAAUCCUCGAGUAUACAAAACAAACUCCAUGUUGCGUUGUCCCUCCUCUGCGAAAAGGUCUGAGUUCUAUUCUAUAUCGCGCCCUUUUGCUUGCUAAAUGACGUGAGCAAACCAUCGUAAAAAAAUUGUAAAAGAACCAGAUCUUCAAAAUGGAAAACUCUGAUUUCAAGAACUGGUGAGUCUACCUGCUAUUUACAUUUUAUGACCUUGCUGCAGUGAAUUUCCAAAUUUGAAUUUGUAGGAGUUCCAUUUUGGAGUUUCUAGGUCUUUGAAGAACCUCAUCAGGCCUUAGGCCAUUUAUAAUUGGCCCCCGAAUACGUAUUUGUGCAUUUAGCUUAUUACAAAGCGUUGUCGGGAAUUAGAACGACAGAGGAAAGGAUUCUGUUCCUAGAAAUUUAGGCUAUUCUGAAUCUUUCAUUAUACCAACUGAAUCUGAAUAUUUUUUGGACACGUGCUGCAUUAUUCUAAAGCGCGACGACGGUUUUGCCUUAAAUUUUCUUAUUCGUAAAUUGGACUGAACGUAACAAAGACGAAAAUGUCUCUUGGAAUUAUGAGCAAAAUGUGUGCGAUGAAUUUAAGUUAGGUAAAAUUUCUUUGAUGUUGUGUUGGGAAUUUGGUCUAUUUUUAUGAUCAAUGUUAAUUUUAUGGUAGCAUAGAACGUUUUUAUCGAUGCAUAUAUGUACUGUACACAAAUGCUUAAAAACUUCACAAAUAACUAUAUAAUUAGAAGAAAACUCGACAGGUCGACAUUGUUCAUCCUAUUUAAUAAAUGUCGUUGUUUUGGUAAAUGGCUGUAUUCAAUGAACUAUUGUUUCUUGUAUUUCUGAAUAAGACUCGUA